GAGACCAGAUAUAGUGAAUGCAGGGUCCGGGGAGAGCGGAUAUAGUGAAUGCAGGGUCUGGGGAGACCGGAUAUAGUGAAUGCAGGGUCCGGGGAGAGCGGAUAUAGUGAAUGCAGGGUCCGGGGAGACCAGAUAUAGUGAAUGCAGGGUCCGGGGAGAGCGGAUAUAGUGAAUGCAGGGUCAGGGGAGACCAGAUAUGGAGAAUGCAGGGUCCGGGGAGACCAGAUAUAGUGAAUGCAGGGUCCAGGGAGACCAGAUAUAGUGAAUGCAGGGUCCGGGAGAGACCGGAUAUAGUGGAUGCAGGGUCCGGGGAAACCAGAUAUAGUGAAUGCAGGGUCCGGGGAGACCAGAUAUAGUGAAUGCAGGGUCCGGGGAGACCGGAUAUAGUGAAUGCAGGGUCCAGGGAGACCAGAUAUAGUGAAUGCAGGGGUCCAGGGAGACCGGAUAUAGUGAAUGCAGGGUCCAGGGAGACCGGAUAUAGUGAAUGCAGGGUCCAGGGAGACCGGAUAUAGUGAAUGCAGGGUCCAGGGAGACCAGAUAUAGUGAAUGCGGGGUCCGGGGAGAGCAGAUAUAGUGAAUGCAGGGUCCGG